GUCCCAAAGUUGUUGUCAGAGGAAGAGGAAGCUAAGCGGAUUGCAGAGAUGGGGAAACCAUCUCUGGGGGAACACUCCAAAAUGGAGGUUUUCAUCGAGGAGUCCUAUGAGUUCAAGAAUACGGUGGAUAAGCUGAUAAAGAAGACCAACCUGGCUCUGGUGGUGGGCACCAACUCCUGGAGACAACAGUUCAUGGAGGCCAUCACAGUCAGUGCAGGAGACGAGGAUGAGGAAGACUCCGGUGAAGAGCGUCUCCCGUCUUGUUGUGACUACGUCAUGCACUUCCUCACCGUCUUCUGGAAAGUGCUGUUCGCCUGUGUUCCUCCCACGGACUACCUGAACGGCUGGGCCUGCUUCUUCAUCUCCAUCGUCAUCAUCGGCAUGCUGACCGCAGUGAUCGGAGAUCUGGCCUCUCACUUUGGCUGCACCAUCGGGCUGAAGGACUCCGUUACUGCCGUGGUGUUCGUGGCACUGGGUACGUCUGUCCCUG